UUGGAUUCUCUUAGCUAGCUACUAAUCCUACUUUCUCUCUCUAAUGUAGCAGACUAAUGUACAGUAGUAGUUAGAGAGUGUGACUCAGUUUUUCUUUCUUUCUUCUUCUUCUUCUUCUUCUUCUUCAAUUCAAUUGCAUACAGAUUCAAUGGGUGGACAAAAUUCCUUAAAAUCAACACAACAAGUAUCAACAAUGAUAAAACAAGGUUUCAUUUCAGACCAAACCUUUUCUUCAUUCUCACCUUCUAGAACCUUCUCUUCACCUUCACCACCACCACCAACCACAACAACUCGUCCGAGUCAAACUCAAUCACUCUUCGACAUGAUGUCAGAAGAUCAUAACCCUAACACAAAACUCUCCGACGAUAAACGCCGUAAAAUGCAAGAUCGGAUUAAGAAGCUUCUAGAAGAAGCUCCGUUUAACGGCGGUGAUGUGAAAUUGACGGUGGUUGGGAAAGAAGGAUUGAAGGUUUCGAUGGAUGUGAAGAAAAGUGUGCUUGCUGAUAAGAGUAGAUUCUUUGCGGAGAAGCUUCGUGGAAAUGGGAAUGGAAAUGGAAUGUCACAUUCUGUUGAGAUUAGUGAUUGUGAUGAUGUUGAUGUUUAUGUUGAAGCUGUUGUUUUGAUGCAUUGUGUGGAUCUUAAGAAGAGGUUGAGAUUUAUGGGUGAUGGUGGUGGUGUUUCUAAAGUUUUGAACUUGCUUAAGGUAUCAUCAGCUAUCAUGUUUGAUCUCGGGGUUAUUUCAUGUCUGGAAUAUUUGGAAGCUAUUCCAUGGACUGAGGAUGAACAGGAAGAAGUCAUAUCUCAAUUAGAUAAUCUGCAGCUUCAUGACUCUGCAACGGAAGUUCUUCUCAGAGUAUCAUCGAGUCCAUCUACAGCUUCAAGUGCCGAUGAUAUCUUCACAAACCUUCUGAGCGGUGUUCUACAAGCUAAAGAUGACAAAUCUCGUAGGGAAAUGAAAUCUCUACUAUCUAAAUUGCUUAAAGAUAAUGCAUUUAGUGAUAGCAGCAAACUUGAUGUUUCUAAAGACACACUCUAUCAUCUUUGCCAUAGGUGUAUUAGUUCUCUUUUCUUGUGUCUGUCUGAAGCAACUGACACGCAUGAGAGGCCGGACCGAAGCGUUUUAAUGAGCGAAAUAGCUCGUGAAGCUGACAAUAUUCAAUGGAUUCUGGACAUUUUGAUUGGCAAAAAGAUGGGUGAUGAAUUCGUGAAAAUAUGGGCAGAACAGAAAGAACUUGCUGCACUUCAUUCUAAAGUUCAAAUCAUAUACCGCUAUGAGAUCAGUAGAAUCACAGCACAACUAUGUAUUGGUAUCGGAAAGGGACACAUAUUUGUGCCGAAAGAAAUUCGAUUUUCCUUAUUGUCAACAUGGCUCGAAGCUCUGUACGAAGAUUUUGGAUGGAUGAGGAGAGCUUGUCGAGGCGUUGAUAAGAAAUUGGUUGAGGAUGGACUGAGCCAAACUAUACUAACACUGCCUUUAUUCCAACAGCAAAUUUUGUUACUAAAUUGGUUUGAUAGAUUUCUUAAUAAAGGAGAUGACUGUCCUAAUAUUCAGAAGGCAUUUGAGAUUUGGUGGAGAAGAGCUUUCAUCAGAAAGUAUUCAUCAGAGCCUGAUAAUUCCCAAUUACAAAUAACUGUGUUUGAUUAUCCAAAAUGAAAAGCAUGCAAGAGACCUUUAAAU